AUGGUCCCUGUACAGUCUUUCACAGGUGGGCUGCUGGGCACAGGUGGGGCUGCUGGUCACAGGUGGGGCUGCUGGUCACAGGUGGGGCUGCUGGUCACAGGUGGGGCUGCUGGUCACAGGUGGGGCUGCUGGUCACAGGUGGGGCUGCUGGUCACAGGUAGGGCUGCUGGUCACAGGUGGGGCUGCUGGUCACAGGUGGGGCUGCUGGUCACAGGUGGGGCUGCUGGUCACAGGUGGGGCUGCUGGUCACAGGUGGGGUUGCUGGUGCUGGUGCUGGCGGCUGGCGCUGGUGCUGGUUCCUGGUGCUGGCAGCUGGCACUGGGGCUGGUUCCUGAUGCUGGCGGCUGGCGCUGGGGCUGGUUCCUGGUGCUGGCGGCUGGCGCUGGUGCUGGUUCCUGGUGCUGGCGGCUGGCACUGGGGCUGGUUCCUGGUGCUGGCGGCCGGCGCUGGGGCUGGUUCCUGGUGCUGGCGACUGGCGCUGGGGCUGGUUCCUGGUGCUGGCGGCUGGCGCUGGGGCUGGUUCCUGGUGCUGGCGGCUGGCGCUGGGGCUGGUUCCUGGUGCUGGUGGCUGGCGCUGCGACCGCCGGUGCGACGGGCGAGGUGCAAGGUGGCGCUGGCUGCAGUCGAUGGCGCAAACGCGAUCGCGGGCCGCUGGCGACUUCGCUGGCGACUUCGCUGGCGGGUCGCUGGCGGCGGGUCCGCUGGCGUUCGCCAUAG